CUCCCUGGCAGUGGCGGUCACGCCCAUGACUGGGUGCAAAGGUUCUGAGAACUGCCGCUGCUUUUACAACGUGGCGCUGCAUCAAUUUCACCACAUCGAGUUCCCCCAAGGCCUGCAGGGCAAAAGGUACCGCGGAUCCACAAAGGGGUGGCUGUGCAUUGUGGAUAAAGCGCCCGGUAUCUCGUUGUUGAAUCCUCUUACCAAGACCGAGAUCGCUCUUCCACCCGCAACAUCUUUUCCUGGUGUGCUGGCCUACCGCCCAGAGAAGGCCUGGGGUGAGUACCUGCUUCAAAUGGCAGAUGGUUCCGAGGAAUCCAUUAGCAAGAACUUCUUCUUGAAGAAGUACCUGAAGAGGGUCGUUGUAUCUGCUGAGCCCACCUCGCAGGAAUGCAUCGUGAUGGCCAUCCGCUGGAACACCGAGGAUAAUCGCCUGGCAUUCUGCAGGCCUGCUGAAAUUGAGGCAAAACAUGGGUUGGAAUUCUCCCAUUUCAAAUUUUGUGGCCUGAGAGUGAUUCUAGGAAGGUCAUUUUAGUAAUUGCACUCAAUUCAUGUUUAUAUAUUAAAAAUGUUACCAAUGGAGUUCGAACAUUGGUCACUUGAAUGAAGAAAGAGCAUUAUAACCAAUUAGGCUAUAUUUUAUUUAUUCUUAUUUCUUUGAUUGAACUCUAGGAAUAUGUUUGGUGAUGAUGCUUCUAUAUUUAUAUUUUAUCUUAAGUUAUUUAUAUUUUAUAGAAAGAUAUUAGUUCUGAAAUUGGAACUCAAGUAGUAUUGAUUCAAACAUUAAUAUUAAAUUGUAUGUGUUGUUUAGUUCAGACAAAAUACAGAAGUGUAAUCAAAACAUGGACUUUUG